AUGCUCGACUGGAGGGAAGUGACGUUUCCGUUUCGCAGGGGCACCAAGAAGGGGAUCUCGCGCGUCGUCUUUGCCCCCCGAUGCCACAGAGACGCGCAUGCAGUGCGAGCCUCGGGUGUGCUGCGGACGCCGCCGUCGGCCGCCUCGAGAGAGAACGGAGACCGGCGCGAAGACGAGGAGGCAGGCGACCGCGGGAGAGAAGAGGGCCGAUCUCCACAUGAGUACCUAUGCCUCUUGGUUGCCGGCGAGCAGGCGAGGAGGAGCGACGGAGAGCCGAGCCAGGACGCGCAAGAAAAAGGAGAAGACGCGGAACUCGCAGACACACGAAACAGACGAGAGAAAUCAGGAGAGGAGUCUCCAGCUGUGGAGCUAUUCGAUAUCAAGCAUGGAGUGACGCUCAAGUGGCGCGUGACGGCGCCCGUUCUGCCCAGUGGGCCAUCGUGCGCCGCCUUCUCCCCAGACGCGUCUCUGCUGGCGGUCGGCUGUCUCUGCGGCUCUUUGCUUCUCUUCCUCUCGUCCUCUGGCGAGUGUUGCUUCUCCAGGCGCCUGUCUCCUCCCGCCUGCUCGCGCGCGGCGCCACCCGUGAGUCUCGGCGUCGGUGUCGCCGCGGAGACAGUCGCCUGUCGGGCGUUGCCGGAGGCGGAGACAAGCCGCCGCGGUCGGGACGCGGACGCCCAACGGAGCCGGAGACACCUCGUCCGCCAGGCGACGACCCAGGGAGACAGCAGCUCGGUGGACGCGCGGCGGCGCGGAGGAAAGGAGGAGCCUGGAGGCGAAGAAGAGCCCAGGGAGAAUUCGUUUGGAAACUCUCGAGUCGGGAGAGCACUGCAUACAGCCCCCCUGGUUUCUCUGCACUGGGUUGACACUUCGUCGUGGACAAGAGGCGAAGGCAGCGAAGAGUUGAGAGAGACGCUGGAGACAGCUGUCACCUGCCAUACGCCGGAGCCUCUUGCGUUUCUCGACUUUACGUCCACCUCAGCUUCUCCGUCUUCUUCCUCGCCUUUCAAUUCUUCGUGCUCGGCUUCGGCGCCCGGCCCCUCCUUUGUCAAGACGGUGUUGAAGCCUCCGACACUGCGUUUCCCUGGGGAACUCUUAUCGCUCUUUUCUCUCGACGCAGCAGGCGUCGGAUAUCUCUGCCUGGAAGGCAGAGUGCCUCUCUUCCGAGUGUCGUUCCUCUCUGCGUUCCACCGUCUCGCUGAGGCGUCUCCUUCGCUUUCCGCCGCCCUCGCGUCGCCGUCGCUUCGGACUGCGCGACCGAGUCUCGUUACCGCAGUCAGAGCCGCGGAGACAGCCGCGGAGACAGCCGCCGAGGGUCUCUCUCCAGACCACCGACAGGAGGUCCCACUGCACGCUGCGAGUGUCUCUUCUUCGCUCGCCGCUCCACAGGCUUCUUCUGAUUCACAGGCAUCUUCUUUGAAGCCUGCCUCUUCGUCUCCUCUUGCUCAACAGCCGACCUCAGAGAGAGCCGCUUUGUCGUCCCCCGCAUGCGCUGAGAGGCGCGAGGAGUCGCCGUCCUCAGCCUCUCUUUUCGUUGCCCACUCGCCGUCCGUUCUAUCUCUCGAGGCGGGCACUGGUCCUCACCCCCGCGCUCGCCGAGCUUCCCCGCGUCUUCGCCAGACCCGCAAGACUCCGAACGAAGGAGAAAGAGAAGCAGGGACAGAUGCAGGAAGAGACGCAGGGAGAGCGAUUGCCACCAGAGAGGAGCGAGGCGAGGGAGACUGGAGUGGAGAAGUGAGGAGCUGCGAGGUGAAGAUGGAGACGAGUGCAGUGUCACAGCGCAGCGAGACGAAAAGCCGGCUGGGGGUGAAGAGACAGUUUCAGGCCCUCUCAAGGAACGGGAGAACGAGGGACAGGAGCGGCCGGCUGAGGCCGCAAAGCAACGGCGGAGAAGUGGGCGCCUUUCCGGGAGACGAAAACCUUCUCCCCGGCGAGUGCGAAGGGGGGGGCUGGGAUCCGACAGCGGAGAGCGACACAGACGGCUGUUACACCGCGAAGGAAGGCUCAGCAGCGCUGUGGCAGUCGCGCCAAAGAGAGACAGAGGGAAAGACAGAAGCGCGAGGAAGCGCGACAGAAGAAAGAAUGCAAGAAGAGCAGAUUCACUGCGUACUCGUGGAGAACGGCGAGCAGGAAAACUGCAUGCGCGGCCUCUCACGUUUGCCACUAAACGAGAAGACAGUCAAGAACGAGAAGGCGGCAGCAGAGAAGAUAGCGGAACGGGGAUGGAGGCGACAGUCCUCAGAGGACGAGACAAAGAGCGAGUUAGAGACUCCUCGACGAUGGAGAGGAAGCGAAGAGGAAAUGGACUGGGAGGCAGGUGCAGCAGAGACGUCCGAGUCCGCUCGAGAAAAGCCUGCAGCGACGAAGACAACUUUUUCGCGGGAACCGAACGGUCUCGCGCAAGAGGUUGGGCGCCUCUGGGGUGUCCAGACAGCAGCAGUCUCUCCCAACCUGUCGUCUCUCGCUCUAGUGCUCUGGACUACGCCUCUUUUCUCUGCAAUUGUGUCACCUGUCUGCGAAGCGCAGCCGUCCGUCGAAGUCUGCCGCUCUUCGACUGCGUCCCCUUCGUCUUCGCAGACUCCAGGAGUCUCUGUGGCGUCUCGCAGUGUUGCCCUUUCGAGUGACGAGGCUCCGACCACCGGGCAGGCGCCUUCAGCUCCUCUCCGGUUGAAGCGCCCCGCCUCCGCCCCGGGAUGUCUCUCUCAGGUGUCACCUCGGCCUCCCUUUACUCCUUUCGUACCUUCUUCUUCUUCCUCGUACUGGCUGUCUUCGUCUCCUUUGUCGUCUGUCGCUGCGGCUUCACCUGGGCUCCUCUCGCUGGCGCAGGCAGACUUGGCGCACUCCGUUUCGCUGCUCGGUUCCGCGGACGCACAGGAGAAGACUGGACGACGGCGACCCGCGAGCCGUCCGGAGCCUCUUCAGGAUCCGCCUGGGAGGGAGGAAGGACGGAUUUCCUCGAAAGGGAGUCGUCAGAAGCGUCUCUCAGGGAUGUCCAGCGCUGCUUCGCCUUCUCGCGCCGUCCCCAGGCGCUUCCCUGCGCCUGUCGGCUCACCCGCGCCGACCUCUCACUCGCCUCAGGGGCUCAGAGACAGGACCAGGUGCAUGGACUCUGAGGCAACCUGUGAGGUGGAUCCAGGAGAGAGAGACGACUGCAGUCGAGACAGCGCAGAGAGGCCCAGGUCACCCCCAGAAGAGAAGACAGAGGAAGAGAGAGGACCGAGCGAGAACUCGUAUGCGGAUAGCAACUUGGCUGUCGGAGUAGCAAUAGGAAGAAGCGAGACGAUCUCUGGAGCUCCUUGGAGGUUUCGCGACAGAGAGCCAUCGAACCGGCGCUCCUCUCAGAACAGUCUCUUCGCUUCUUCCUCUUCUUCAGGGACUCUCUCUCCUUCAUUUUCUUCCACGUUUUCUUCCUCUUCUUCCUCUUCCUUGCCUUACUCUUCUUUCUCUUUUUCUCCUUGUUUUUCCUCUUUUUCUUCGUCAUCUUCAUCUUCCGCUACUUCUGCUACUGUGCAAGUGUCUCCGAGCUCCAAGCGGCCUGUGUCUGAAGCAUUUGCGGAGGAGGCAGCCGUGGAAGCUCAAAUGGAUGCCCGCUGUCUGUCGCGUUCUCCCAGACAGCGUCGCUUGAAGAAACUUCGAAGACUAGACAACUCGCCCUCUGCUUCUCCUGCUUCUUCUCUCGCCUCUCCCGCUUCUUGUCUCAACUCUGCUUCCCUCAACUCUCCUUCUUCUUCUGUGGCUUUGUCUGCUUUCUCGUCUCUGUGCGCCUCGGAGGUCUGCGGCUUCGGCGGCGUUCGUGGAGGUGCGAGGCGAGAGACCGAGACACACGAGCAGCGGCCGCCAGAGCGACAGGGAGACAAUUGUGUACUGCGAGAACGCGAUGGCGCAGCAAACAGACAGAGAGCAGAAGGAAGCGAAGAAGAAGGAAGAGACGGAGAAGCAGGAAGAGAAGAAGGAGAACGGCGAGUCUGUCGCGGAUAUUUUGUGAGCCUGCAGGCGCUGCGGGGUCUCGCGUCGGCACAACGAGACGCAGGGAACUCCAGAGAAGACGAACGAGAGGGAGAGAAAGCAGGAACAGAAGAUGGCGGGGAAGUGGACCAGGGAGGUGGGGUGUACAGACACCCACGCGGAAGCGCGCGAUCCUGCCGGAUCGGAGACAAGGCGAACGAUCGAGGUAUCGCAGCUUUCUUCGACUUGACGCAGCUGUCUGUACAGGGACGACUGGCAACGCAGAGUCUCCAUCUCCUCGCUGCAGCUCAGGGCGAUUUGCUUUUUGCAGUUGACGUUCUUGAGCGCUUAGCCUCCCUCUGGGUGUAUUUCUCCACGCCGUUCACACUCCUGCUCAGGUGUAUGCACACCGGAACGAGGGCAGGCUCGGUCGCGCAGGCUGGGGAGGCGCUUUCCGGCGAGACGUCAUGGCGCCAGCGGAAGUCGCGUUUCUCGGGGCAGAAAGAGGGGCAAUCUCGAAGAGAGCAGAAGGCCACUGUUGAGGACAGCGAGACGAGGACAGAAAAGGAUAGAAUGGGAGAGACCAAGGCGGAGGAAAAGACCUCAAGAGUCUGGAAUGUGGUGGACGGAGACGAAGAAGGAGCAGCGGCAAGCGACGCGGAAGGAGCGGAAGGCUCGAGGAGGGGCGAGGAGACAACCGGAGAGUCUGGAGAGGCGGCAGAACGUAAUUUGAACAGUGCGGCGUCCCCGGAAGGUUCGCUUGAUGAACAAGACCGAGUCCUGAGGCGUCACAUCGCAUUCUCCAUUGCUCUGGGGUGUCCAACAGCGUCUGUUGUGAAUGCUCUGGUACGUCUGUGUGCCGAAGUGGAGAGAGACGUCCGAGUGGAGAGGCAAGCAAACAGAAACGAGAGGACGCAGGACCUGACAGCCCGCCAGACUCGCACGGCGGGGGAGCAGCUCUCGGAGGUCGUUACUCUUCUUCUCCCAGCCGUCGAAACCACACUGCUUCCUGCUGUCCGUCGUGCUCUGCAUCUGACGCGAGGCGCCCUACUUUACGUUUCUCGAUCCCAAUUCUUUGAAGCGCCAUCUUCUUCCUCUCCCUCCGUCUCGUCCGCAGCGUCUUACCCGUACUCGUCCUUCGCUCCUUCUUCCCCUCUUGCUUCCUCGCCGUGCGACGGCGACAAGACGUCUGCCGGCUUAUAUUCGACCAAGAGUUCCGGGGCUGCACGAAGGAGGAGCAGACGCGAGCGGCCUCCCGCGUUUUCGCUCUUCCUUUCCAAGGCUGUCGCCCGGUUGGAAGCUCUUGAGAAGAUGACUUGUUCUCUCCGCGCCUGCCUCCUGGAAGGAGUGACGCGUCAGGUCGCACUCACCCGGUGGAUAGCCGCUCUGCUUCCGCGACUCAUUUUGCCUAACUCUUCCUCUUCUUCCUCAGUUUCGUUUUCCCCCUCUUCUUCGUCUUCUUCGUCUUCUCCACCUCUCGCCUCUUCUUCACCGUUUUCCUCUUCUUCCUCGUGUCUCCUGGAUCUCCGAAUGUUUUCCAACGGCGACAAACGGCAGGGAGAUGUCGCCGACGCUCAAGACACAACGUCAGAGAGGAGUUGUGGGGAUCGGCAAGUCGAAGACUUUUCGUCUUGCUCUGCUUCGCUCCGUCGACCGCCUGGAGUCGAAUCCUUUUCCGCCUCCCAGGCCUUUCUCGAGGGGGGCGAAAGCGUUUCCGAAGAAGAAAACGCAAACGACGAUGAAGCAACUGAAGAGGAAGAAGAAGAGGAUCACCUGCAACUUCCGCGGUGGGAUGUCUGUGCCCUCGCUGGGGACAGACGGCGAGGCAGAGUCGCGGCCGAGAAGGCGGGUGUCGCGUUUGAAGGAAAUCGAUUUCCACGAGAGGAGGGUGAACAGACGCGGCGAAAAGCCUCUACGAAAGAAAACACCGGCGCAUUCGACCUCAACAGACAUCUGACAAAGAACGAGAAAGAAGAAAUGAAACAUGCUGCUGAAUGUCUCCAGAGUCUAGAGGGCCCCAGUGCCGCGCUUCACCUAGACAAAAUCCACCGCCUGCUAGGAUGCAUACACAACGUCUCCUCCCCCGAAUGCGCGCUCCUCUCCGUCGCCUGCGCGGCCCUCGGGGACAUGGCUGCGGCUUGGGACAACGGACAACACGACGUCGAGCUCGCCCCUCUGAGCGGCGCCAGCGCUUUUUCUCCUCUGUCUUCUUCUGCUUCUUCCUCUGCAUCUCCCCUUUCUUUCCGUCUUUCUUCUUCGUUUUCUUCUAAAGCGUCUUCGUCUUGUUCUUCGCUGUUGUCGCUUUCUUUCCUCGCAAUUUUACCGCAUGCAAGCCGUCAGUCGCGCGUCUCUCUGCUGCACCUGCCCGCAUCGACUGCCGGUGUCUCCGAAGAGACAGGAAACAGGCGAGAAUCGAAAGGCGAUACCUUCGCCUUGUCCUGGAUUUCCUCGUCCCCGUCUCCGGAUGCCGUUCAAAUUCUUCCUCGCUCUGAAGAAGAGAUCUCACAGUCUUCUUGUUCCCCGUCUCUCUCGCCUUCCCCUCCUUCUUCUCCCUCAGCCUCUUUCUCUAGAGCCGCGGCGUUGCGAGUUUCUGAGGACACCGGAGUCGGCUUAUAUACGGGUUCUCCACGCUGUUGGCUGCACCACUGCGUGGUGCGGCCCUACUUGGACUCGUCUGCUUCUGUGUUCUCUCCUUCCAGCUCCCUUCUGGAGAGGCCUCGGACGCUUGCGUUUCUUCUCGCGGUGCCUGCCUCUCUCUUGUCUUCCGCAGAGAAGUCUCCCGUCUCUCCAACGUUUGCUGCGCUCAGCUCGCGAGUGGCUUCUCCAGCUGCGCAUGCAGUUGAUGUCCUUCCUUCCUGGAGAAGAAAAACGCGACCUGCAUUCUUCUCUCCCGCCUGCGUGCCAGAGGGCGGCGCAGACGCCCGAGUCUCUGCAGCAUCCUGCGUCUCCGAAGGAAGAACUGACGCGGCGCAAAGUGGAGGAAAACGUUGGGGAAAUGGAGGGAGAACCGGAGAACAAAAGCCAGGGAACGGGGACAAAAACGAAUUCCUUUGUGCACAGGCCUGCGACGUUCUUCCUUUGUCGGCGAAGGAGAUUUGCAUCGUCGGAGAAGUUCGGGGAGAGCCUGCUGUGUUGCUUGUCCGACUCGAUGCGCCCGAGGCUGUCGAAGGAGGAGCAGCGCUCGAAACGAUAGCGCGGGGAACGCUGGCGAGACUCGAAGAACGGACAGGAAGAGCAGGAGAAGUCCGAGCAAGACAGAAAGGAGGAAGGACGCGACGCGAUGGAGAAGGCAAAAGGACAGAAGGCACCGCAAGGCAAGGAGAAAGGAGAGAGCGAGAAGAAAGGAGAGGAGAACCUGAAGCGGUAGGCUUUUUCCGGCUUCUCAGAGGCUUCAAGGCUCCACUGGAGGAGGGGGAAGAAGACAAGCACGACGGCAGCGUCGACCUGCAACUCGCUGCCAGCUUCGACACGCGGAAGGCCGCUGUCUCCUCUCUUCGUCACGGCCGCUUCUGCUUCCUGCUUUUGAAGAAUUGACAAGAUGUUUUUCUGGAGGAAGCUGGAAGAGGACGCGACUGAAGUGGAGAAUGCGAGAGAGAGAAGACACUCGAGAAGCGACGAGACAGAAGAAAAGCGAGAAGCUUCAGAAGAAAGCGCAAAGAGCGGCGACUCAAGACUGCCACACAUCUCCAAAACACAGAGACCUCGACUUG